AUGAAGCUCACCCUCGCGGCGGUGGCCUCGAUCCUGGCCGUCACGGCUAACGCCGCAACCAUUCCUAGGGACGGUGCCAUUACCGUUCCCGCAUCCUCUUCCGACGUCAAGCCGAUCGGUGAUGAGAAGCCAUUCAAGAUUCGCGAGGGGCCCCAGGUCACUGACGGCACUGGCGCUCCCUUCGCCUCGAGCCUCAAGGUGCAGUUGGCGUCCAAGGCGGGAGCCAAGUGCAUGUACGACAUGAACACUUUCGUUGAGUCCAACCUCAACUACGGUAGCGACGGUGGCCUGUACGCCGAGAUGAUCCGCAACCGCGCCUUCCAGUCGUCCAACGACUCGGUCUUUGGCGUCGGCAAGUCGGACGCCAUGGGCUCUGGCUCGCUGACCGCCUGGCAGCCCGUUGGUCAGUCGAAGCUCGAGCUCGUCCAGGAUGAGCCUCUCUCCAAGGCCCUCCCCGUUUCGGCCAAGGUGACUUGCGACACCAAGAAGGGCGCUGCGUGCGGUCUGAAGAACCUUGGCUUCUUCGGCAUGCCCGCCGUGACUGGCGAGACAUACAACGCCAGCUUCUACAUUCGCGCCGACAAGGAGCAGACUGUCAAGCUCAACUUUGGUCUGUACAGCUUCGAUCUGACUCAGUCCUGGGUCGACGAGACCAAGACGGUCACGGUCGGAACCAAGUGGACUCCCGUCAACAUGGUCCUCGACAGCGUCAAGGCCGCCCCUGACGUCAACAAUGUGUUCGCCAUCAAGACCGAGGACUCGAUCGAGUCGUUCCAGAUCAACCUUGUCAGCCUCUUCCCGGACACCUUCGAGGGCACCGUUGUUCGCAAGGAUGUUGCGGAGAAGAUGCUCGCCUUUAAGCCCAAGGCCAUUCGCUGGCCGGGAGGCAACGACCUUGCCGGCCACACCAUCGCUUCGCGUUUCCAGUGGAACAACACCAUCGGCCCCCUCGUCGACCGACCUGGACGUCUCGGCAAUUGGCAGGGGUGGAACACAGAUGGACUCGGUGCCGUUGAGAUGUACAACUUCAUCGAGAAGCUGGGUGCUCGUCUCAUCGUCGGCCUGUGGUGUGGCUCCGACUCAAACGGUCAAGCUGUGCCUGUCGAUGACCUGGAACCUUACCUGCAGCAGCAGGUCGACUUUGUCCACUUCUUGCUCGACACCGAGGGCAAGUUCGCCGAGAUGCGUGUCAAGAACGGCGGCCCUCAGAAGCCUUACGACGUGCAGGCUUUCAUGAUCGGUAACGAGGGCGGCCUGAAGCCCAGCGUUGACUACCAGACUCGUUUCGACAAGCUCACCGCUAUGCUGAAGAAGGACUUUGCCAAUCACAAGGGCUUUGACGAGAUCGACCUCAUCGCCACCGCUCCCAUCUGCGUCCCCACCGGCUACAAGUACCGCGUCGACCUGCUCAACCAGCCCAUCUACGGAACGCCCUCGGACUUCAUCAGCAAGUACCGCAUGUACGACGACGCUUCGCGCUCCAACAACACCGUAUUCUACAACAUGGAGUUUGCGGCCAUCAACUCUGGGCUCGAGGCGGACGAAAACAUCUGGUUCGGCCCCGGACGCCUGCACCACAGCAUUCUCAAGGGUUCGCUUGCCGAGUCGGUCUUUAUUCUUGGCAUGGAGAACAACUGCGACGUUGUGCGUGGUGCGGCUUACGCUCCGGAGCUGUCGAACGAGUCGGAUGACCGUGCCUCGGAGUCGACUCCGGGUCUGCUCGAGUUCGACACUACCAAGGUGGUCGGUUCUACUUCGUUCCUCAUGCAGAGCCUGAUCAGCUCCAACCGCAUCAGCGAGAGCAUCAAGGUGGAGAACAGCAAGGCGCUCGAAGAGGCUCAGGUCUACGUCUCUGCCGGUGUCGACGAGAAGGGCGCCGUGAUCGUCAAGCUGGUCAACUACAGCGAGAAGAGCAUGCCGAUCAGCAUCGACGUGGGCAAGAAGGUGGGCAAGCCCGUGUGCAAGAAGAUUGGCGGUGAAGGUCCGCUCGACACGAACACGCUGCAGAAGCAGGAGGUCAAGACCGAGGACUGCCAGGCCACUGCGUCGGGCGAGUCGAUCUCUCUGACUCUGAGCAAGUGGUCCUUCACCAUGGUCAAGGCCGCUGCCAGCCACACACCGCGCACAGGUAGUGUCAUGGCGAGACGAGGUGAUCGUCGGCUCUACGACGUCGCUGUCGAGCCGGCUGCUUCCGAGCUCUUGCAUGCGAUAUCGAACGACAACGAGCGCAGUGCGGGCCUCACGGAACCUUUGUCGAGCCUCUUCGCGCUCAACUUCAACUUCAAGCCCGACUCGACGCACGACUGCAGGAGAGGAGCCCUGUUUCAGCCAGGACCUGGUCGCAGCGACACGUCCGAAUGGCAGAUGGAGCUCGAGGCCACAGAUGCCCAUGCCGAGUCGAGCACCAGCACAUCCAACAGCGCGACCAAAAAGCCAGCACACGUAUUCACGGGGCCGCAAACGGCAGCAAAGGCAUACGAUCUCGUGCUAAUAUGGGACGACGACAAACAGACGUACCGCCUCGAUCGCGUGGCGGCAAGUUUCGCGCUCAAGUACGAACGUUCACGCACCACGCUCAGUGAUCAAGCGCAGACAGCCUGGACAACCGAUUUCAAGACACCGCGAAAGCGUGAGCGGGAUAACGAAACCACCAAGCUCGGAGACCAAAGUAGAAGUCCGAAGAAGCCGUCGCUACCCUUGAACCCCGCUGAAGGGAUGCGCACCUCGACGUCUGCCUACCAAAGAGACGCGGCAAGGCCUAGCACGGUCGUCGCGCCGCUCAGGCGAUCUUCUCGCCGGAGUGUGGUCGUCGAGAUGGAAGAAUUCGAUGACUCGCCGCCGCCACCAAAGGCCGAGGCUGAUGCGGACGAGAUCCAUUUCAGGGCCGCGCCUAGAACCAAGUCAGAGACCGAAGCGGGCACGGUACGGGUCAAAGCUGGUCACGAGGAGACGAAUCCAUCGACGGCUACAGGCGAGUUGCGGCGUAGCCGACGUCGUUCGAGUCAGCAGUGGCAACAGACUACGACGUCCUCGAAACAACCGGAUGUCAAGACGGAGGGCGCUGCGCACGCUAGCAAGGCUGAGCCGACCCAGACGCUCGAAGAAGAUGAGGAGGACCUGGCGCUUGAACUCGAACGAGAGCUGGAGCGCGAGUUUGAUAUCGAAGUUGUCAGCGAGGAUGAGGCACCACCUUCACCUCCCGCCGCAUCAGUGCAGAUUUCGAGGGAGCCACGUUCGGCACGAAAGCUGUCGCCCGUCUCCAGGCUUCAACAGAGCGAGCGAGACCGCAAGAUCAGUACACCGAAGGCUCACACUCCAGACAUCGAGGAUGCGCCUGUAACCUCCGCUCCAUCGUUGAAGAAAACGAGAAGAGGGCUGUCACCGAUAGCGACGGCCGACCGCUCGACCCCAGGCGCCGAGCCGUCUCGACCAGCCUCUCAAGGCGUCGCAUCCAUCGGUCUUGGCUUACAGCAGACUGGUGUCGGCAUCACACCCACUGCAUCGCCUCACCUUGACGUCGCAAGUCCAGCAAGUGAUUCUCGACCAAGAGCCUCCCCUGACGAAGACAUUGACUCCGGAAAAGAAGCGUUCGAUGCGCUCGCACCCGCCUCGCCCGAGCGCGAGGAAGAUGACGACGACGAUCUGCAGGACUUUGCUGCCGAGCUCGACAUGAGUCUCGCUGAGGGCCCUGAUGCCUCCCCCGUGAUCCCAUCGCAAGCUCUAGAGAAACGCAGAAGCUCACGUGUCCCAAGCGCCUCGCAGAUGGCGAGCGAUGCCAGGAGGAGCGCGAUGGACAGGUUCUCGGGGCAUACACGCAAGGCGUACGGCCUGGGCGGUCCGCGUCAGGAGGAGGAAGAUCUCGAAGAUAGCGAUUAG